AUGGUUGUGAUGUCCCCCCAAAAUGGUCUCUCACAUUUCACACCUCAUCGAGCUCAUCAGAGCCUUUUCAGCUUAACCUACCUUGCACGUCCUGACUUCUCAAGCAUUUUCAUAUCCUGGGACUUUUUGCAUGCAGUACUGUGAAGGGAAUUCUCAAUUUAGUUUUGUCAUAUGAUGAAUCGGAGACACGAAAUUAAGAAUCCAUGAGGGAUAUACAUAUUUCAAGUGAAAAUUGCAUAAGUAAAGAUCUUCAGCAAGAAACCAGUGGUUUAUGCAAAAUCCUUUCCAAAUGAAACACAGAAAAAAUUUGUAAAAGUUACUAAAAACUUUACAGAAGGGAUUAUGGAGCAGUGA